CGGCUAGCUGUGACUACUGGCAUGCUUGUGUGUUUUACAUUGAUCAUUUCAUAGUCGGGCACCGCUCCAUGCUAACAUUUUCCAUCGUCGCGAGGUGUCUAUCCCAGAAUUUGGGUCUGUCUGUUGAAGAAGAAAGAAAAUUUAGCUCAGUUCUCAAUACCGACUCAACCUGAACACUGACAUACUUUCACCAAUUGUCUGACCAGUACAUAAUCUGACUUAAAGUCCAUACGAAAUUAAACGUUGGUGUAAGUUCUUGAAAAUGAGUUUCUACUCGACAGGAUCACGUGGGAGUGUCACGGGUCCCACUGAUUUCGACUGCGAAGCCGCAUGCAAGAAACUCUACGAUGGAAUGAAGGGAUUGGGGACGGAGGAAAAUGUAAUUGUUGAAGUUAUUGGAUCUCACACGAACGAACAACGACAGGAAAUCAAGGACAAAUACAAAACCAUGUAUGGGAAGGAUUUAUGUGAAGAUUUGGAAAGUGAGCUGGGCGGAUCAUUCUCAAAAAUCGUUUCUGCUCUGAUGAAACCUCCAGAGGAGUACAUCAUUGAAUGCGUCAAGAGCUCCAUUGCGGGGCUAGGAACAGACGAGCAUUCUCUCAUUGGGCUUCUCUGCGUUCGAACGAAUGAAGAGUUAGAAGCGUUGAAGGUGGCGUAUAAAGAAAAGUACGGGAAAGAGAUGGAAGAGGAUGUCGCAGAAGAUCUGAGUGGCAACAUACGCGCCCUGAUGGUUGGACUUAUCAAUGGAGGGCGUGACGAAAGCGACGACGUCGACGACGAAAAGGUUCAAGAAGAUGCCAAGACGCUGCUGGAGGCUAGUCAAGGGGCAGGAACGUCAGAAGAAGCAUAUCAAUGCGUCUUCAACACGCGGAGCUAUCCGCACAUGCGAUCAGUUUUUGAUGCAUACAAGGAAAUUUCAGAAGGGAAAGAAAUAGAGGAAACAAUUGAGUCAGAAUUUUCUGGAAGCAUGCGAGAUGCAUACCUUGCACUAGUUAAAAUAUUCCGAAGCGUGGCCGGUUUUCAUGCUGAACGAGUGCACACCGCACUCAAAGGGGCCGGAACCGAUGACGAGACUCUUAUUCAACUUAUUGUUACCAGAUCCGAAGUAGAUUUACUGGACAUUCUUGUCUGCUACCAAGAGAAGUAUGCGACCUCUCUGGUUGAUGACAUUGCCGAAGACACGAGUGGGGACUAUGGUUUAAUCCUUCAACGGAUUUUAAAGGGCACCGAGGAGGAGAAUGCUGCCGAAGAAGUGGUCGUUGUUGAAACUGCAGAAAAUGUUGAAAACGGAGACGACGAAUAAUAUGGAGAAAACUCCACAAGACGACCCUUGUGGCAAUAGAAAUUUUUAGAUGGUAAUGGCACAUCUUCGCUCCAUGUACUAGGUGCCUGCAAAUGUAAAAUGUAAUUUAGUUUGCCUGCCUCAUCUCUCUGUGAUCACUAUCAUUGCAUAUUAUGCUAUACUGAUUGGACUGCCUUGCAAAAUCACUUAAAUGACUGAACAGAAAAAAAUCUAUGGAUCAUCGUCGUUACACACAGCCAGCUAAUUUUAGGUUCAAUAGUAUACUUGUUGGAUUAGAUGCAUAUUAACUAUGCAUAUUGUGUACCAGUAAACAAUUCUGUCAAGGGUUAGUCUCGCUUAUAUUAAUUAAUUAAUACGAUGCAAUUAUUGUACUGGAUAAAAUGACUGUGAGAAAUAAAAAUAAAAUAAAACGCUUUUCCGCAUACAUACCUGA